CAGCUGCUGCUGUCAGUCAGCUUUCUGCUUCAGACAGGCCUUUAAGCUUGACCGGAGGGAACUUGAAAUAUGGGCAGGAUCUGAGGCUCCGCAUGGGAUUGUUGGACGAGGACGUUUUAAACACUGCGAUUGUGUGUAACCUAAAACCACAGAGGGUUAGAAAUAACAGCUCCUUCGAGAUCAGCCUCCACGGUGACCCACAUCUGAAAAGGCUUUACCUUUGACCACAGGACACAUACUGUGGUUGGCUCGUGCACGGUAACAUGUCCUGUUUAGGGUCUGCUUGUCCUCCUUCAGUCAUAGACGCUCGGCAGCCCAAAGCCAUGGAGGACUCCAGCACCAAACAAGGCGAUACCAAAGAGGACGUCACUGAGGAUGCAGAGCUGGCCAAAGCCAUCAUGUCUCGGCAAUUCCACCCAUCGGCCAUCGGUCCUGAGACGUGGGAGGGAUACAUCUUCUCUGAUCAGGAGAUACGGAUCAAAGAGUCCACAGACCUCUACGGAGCCGUACUCUGGCCCUCGGCCAUGGUGCUGUGCCAUUUCCUGGAGACCAACCAAGACAAAUACAACCUGGCCCAUAAGAAUGUGAUUGAACUGGGAGCCGGAACUGGGCUUGUCACCAUUGUUUCCAGUCUGUUAGGUGCCAAAGUAACAUCCACAGACCUGCCAGAUGUGCUGGGGAACCUCCAGUACAAUGUGACCCGCAACACCAAGGGCAGAUGCAAAUACAUCCCUCUGGUCAUGGAGCUCAUCUGGGGUCAGAACGUGGCUGAGCGUUUCCCUCGUGCUACGCAUCGUUUUGACUACAUCCUGGCAGCUGAUGUGGUGUACGCGCACCCUUACCUGAAUGAGCUCAUGGAGACGUUCGACUACCUCUGUCAGGAUGGCACUCAGAUACUGUGGGCCAUGCGUUUCCGGCUGGACCCGGAGAACAGCUUUGUGGACCGCUUUCAGCAGCGAUUCCACCUCGAGGAGCUGUACAACCUGCCCAGUCUGAGUAUAAAACUGUACCGAGCCUGGAGGAAGGACAGCAAGGACCAAACAGAGGCUGCAUGAAAUCAAGAACACACAGGACACUGAGUACUUACUAUGAAUCUGGGUCUCAAAAAUCAUAGUGAAUGGCAUCAGCAGCAAUUGUUUGUGUGUUUGCAGGCUUGCAAAAAAAAAAAAAGAUGGACGUCUAACUGUUUACAAUGCUCUCAGCACAGGUGAAGCUACUUUAUUUCAUUUGAAAAUCAAAGGGUAAAAUAUGUAAAUAAAUAGUUUCUCAAAUACAUUCUACAACUUUGUAUGUU